CUAGACUGUGGACAUCCAUAAAGAAAAGGUCGCUCGCAGAGAGAUAGGCAUUUUGACGACCAAUAAGAACACAUCAAGAACUCACAAAAUUAUAGCGCCAGCGAACAUGGAACGUCCUGUAAGGUAUAUUCGAAAACCUAUAGACUACACAGUGCUGGAUGAUGUUGGCCAUGGUGUAAAGCAUGGAAAUAACCAGCCUGCAAGAACUGGCACCUUGUCAAGAACAAAUCCGCCUACACAAAAACCACCAAGUCCUCCCAUGUCAGGCCGGGGAACUCUGGGACGAAAUACUCCUUACAAAACCCUGGAGCCAGUCAAACCACCAACAGUCCCCAAUGAUUACAUGACCAGUCCAGCCAGACUAGGCAGUCAGCACAGUCCGGGAAGGACAGCUUCCUUGAACCAGAGACCAAGAACACACAGUGGUAGUAGCGGAGGAAGCGGCAGUCGAGAGAAUAGUGGAAGCAGCAGUAUUGGCAUUCCCAUUGCUGUGCCUACACCUUCACCGCCAACCAUUGGACCAGCACACAUUUCUGUUCCUCCUCCUCCUGGAGCCCCGCCGGCACCACCACUGCCACCACCUCUCCCGAUGGGCAGUCUGAUAGCUGCUCCGGGUUCAGCUCCUGGUUCCCAGUAUGGCACAAUGACCAGGCAAAUCUCGCGACACAACUCUACCACUUCUUCAGCAUCUUCUGGUGGAUACAGACGGAAUCCUUCUGUGACUGCCCCAUUUUCUGCUCAACCUCAUGUUAAUGGCGGGCCUCUUUAUUCUCAAAAUUCAAUUUCUAUUGCUCCACCCCCUCCCCCUAUGCCUCAGUUGACUCCACAGAUACCUCUCACAGGCUUCGUGGCCAGGGUGCAGGAAAACAUUGCUGAUAGCCCGACUCCUCCCCCCCCACCGCCUCCUGACGAGAUGCCGAUGUUUGAUGACUCUCCUCCUCCUCCACCCCCACCCCCCGUGGAUUAUGAGGAUGAGGAGGCUGCUGUUGUGCAGUACAGCGAUCCCUAUGCAGAUGGAGAUCCUGCUUGGGCACCUAAAAACUAUAUAGAGAAAGUUGUUGCUAUAUAUGACUAUACAAAGGACAAAGACGAUGAGCUGUCGUUUAUGGAGGGUGCAAUCAUUUAUGUGAUAAAGAAGAAUGAUGACGGCUGGUAUGAAGGAGUUUGCAAUCGAGUAACUGGCUUGUUUCCUGGGAAUUACGUUGAAUCAAUCAUGCACUAUGCCGAUUAAAAUCCUUUGCUUUUCAAAGUUCGGUCUUGUAUUCAGUCAUACCGUGAUUAUUUACAAGGGGUAACUAAAAGCUAACAGAAUUGUCUUAAUAUACUUUCCAAAAAAAUGUGCCCAUUUCUUCAGGCCAUACUGUUUUAAUGGUAUGAUUGAAUGUCCAUCUCUCUAAGUCUCUGGAGACAGUAUGUCUUACCUGAUGGCAAUUUGUAAAACAAGCAACUGUCUAUAACUGGUUAUACUUAUUUACUUAUGCAUUGUUAAUUUUAUGACCAGCCUAAAUAUUCUGGGGAAGUAGGGUAUAAUAUUUAAUGAACCAUGAUCAGAUUGUGCCAUUACAUUUUUCAGUACAGCAUGGUAACUAACACUACGUUAGACUAACACAUUAAAAUCUGGAUGAGAAGUUUAAUGUUAGUGCUGGUCAUAUUACUUUUUGUUUAGACUCUUUGCUCAUUCUUGAACUAUAUUUGUUUAAAGCAUGCAUACAAACUUAUGUAUUGAAAUAUACUUUUUUAAAAAUCCAAGAUGCUUCCAAUUGUUGUAAUCUUUACCUGGAGUAUUCUCACUAAAGUCUAUUACAAUGAGUUGUUUGGGUCUAAGGUGUCCAUGUGAAUCAAAAAAUGGGUGGUCUUAUGUAUGUGUAAUUUGUACCCAAGUUUUUUUAAUGAGUAAAUUUACAUUAUGACUUUUUCCAUUCAUAAAUAUAUAAGUGAACCAAA